AUCCAUUCUUUAAAGUUGAAUGGAUUGUUUAUAAUUAUAAAAUAUUUAAUACUAUUAAAAUAUUUCAAUUGAGACAUAAGUUUUUUGACAUACAAGUUAUAAAAAUCAUUUCUGAAAUGAAAAAAAGUUAUAUCAUUAAAAAAUUACUAGAAUUAAUAUUUGAUGUUGCUUUUACUUUACACAACACAAAAGACGAUAAUAAUCGAAUCAAAGCAUUAAAUAUUUUCAAAGAAUUGAAGAAUAAUUAUUGGUUAGGAUAUUAUCACGAUCAGGGAUAUGGCGGUCUCAAAAUCGAUAAAGAAAAAGCUAUGGAAUAUUACAAGAUAUCUGUUCAUCAAGAAGAAGGUUAUCCUGAUGCAAUUAAUAGAUAUGCAUUUUAUCUUUUGAAUACAAGUAAAAGAGAUGAAAAUGAUGAAAAUAAAAAAUUAUUUGAGGUUACUGAAUUAAUCAGAAAAUCUGCAGAAUUGAAAGAUGUUGUAGGAUGUUAUAAUUACGGAGAUAUUUUGUAUAAUGGAAAAUUAGGUAAUGUAGUUGAUAAGGAAAAAAGUCUUUAUUAUUUACAAUAUGCAA